AUGACUGACGACACACUCGCAGAUUUUGGGCUGGCAUCGCGGCCUUCUGAGGGAGAUACCCCGACCGAUUCGAACUUGUCUGCAAGCGAGCUCGGUGGCUCAUCGGACAACAGCUCGCCUACAGAUGAGGCUUCCGUCAAAGCCCCAGUAUCUCCUACACGGCAAUUUGAGCUGGAAAAUACAGCCUCCGAUAGCUCUCUGUCGUCUUCACGGGACCAAAAGUUACUGUUCUGCUCCUUAGCUCCAAAGAAGCCAGACUUUGAAGACGAGGAGGAAUGGGAACGGUUCUUUGCGGCUUACAGAACAGGUCGAUGGACGGACUGGGCUGAUGCUGCUGCUACCUCAGGAGCAGGGUCUGCGGCUCUGUUGCCGUUAGAGCCAGCACAAAAACUUGUGUAUGAUCAAGAGGGACACUUACUCGAGCCUCGCGGUGAGUAACAGUGGACGAUGCGUACUCGUAGUACGAUCUGUACGUCAAUUUGCAGCGCACUCAUUCAUGCUACUGUUGGCUUCAAGAAUUUUACCGUCGUCAUGGAUAUCUGGCUCCUCCCUCUGUCCCAUCUGUGCAGCGUCUGGCGCGCGAAUAUGCUGGGUGAGUGGUUGAAUCUCGAGGCAACACUUGUCCAUGCCACGAUCACCUCCAUGGCUAACAUCUCUGAGGACUUCCAUAGCAUUCGGCACAGCUGCUCAUUGCCCAGACGCAACGUGAAGCGGCAUACAGCUGAUCGCUAUGCACGACACGCCAAGGCGGUGUUUAGAGCAGCGGCCGCAACAGUCACAGUGGCAUGCGCUCAGACGACCGAGCCCAAGAUCCUUUUCCUUGGUCAAGCAGGAUGGCUUGCAGAUAACGUGAUCCGGGCGAGUCAGACACUUUGCGCUCAUGCCAUGCUGAGUCCACGUGCGGUCGUCUGCAUUCCGGACCUUGACGCGGAUUGGCGCACAGUCGGCCUGCAACCGAGGGAUUCACGGGGCCAGCGGGUCAGAUUCUACGCUUCAGCUCCUUUGGUUGUGUCAACGCCUGAUUCGGAUGGACCUGCCAGUCAGCAAGUCUGUGGCGGUCUGAGCAAGGUAGAGCUAGGCCGGCUCACCAUUCUAGGAACUGAGCCACGUUCGGAUUUCAGUGAGGACGACGCACGUGUGUUGCAAGACAUCGCAGAGAUGAUCAGCGAAGCUUUAGAGCACGAGGCCAAACAUUCUCAAGUCCAAAGAAUGAAGAAGAAUCAGAUCGCAAUCGCACAGUUGGCGCGCGACACAGCCGACGAUGUGGACGACAUGGACCGUGAUGACAUGCAAGAAGACCAGGAAAUGCUUGGACACCAGCACUUCACAUCUUCAUCAGCUGCCAACAGGUCUGGUCACGUUCGACCGCGCAGAUUGCAGAAGGUGGCGAACUUGGUCCGAUCCACUUUUGAAGCGAGCGCAGUGUACGCUAUUGAUGUCACAUCUGCUCGCAUCACCUCACAUCGAAGAUCCUCCACCUAUGGGGAGGGCCCAAUCUCUGGUCGUCCUGUCACAGACUCUCCCCACUCCGCCAGCAGCGCUGCCUACCCGCAAACGCCCUGGCUGCAUUCGUCGGGCUCCAGCGGCCCUCAGACCACACCUCUUACACCUUCGUCAACGGACGUGCACGCGCACUCCUUGUUCCCCGACGUAAGCUCUUCCUCUGUAGCAGCUGACAUGAACACUGUAGCAGGUGCUCCGCCCCUCUCUGCCCUCUCGCCAACGUCUUCUACCGGUUUCUCAACCCGUCGUCCAACACUGCGACACCAGGUGACCAACUCUUCUUCUGCGAGCGGCAGCGGUCUUGGUUCGGGCUUCGUGCCAUCUAGCAGCAGCUCGACGAGUCACAGGCAGUCGUGGUCUGCAGCGACCGCCCAUCGGAUCUCGCAUGCCAGCCAAGGCAGUGACGCGUCUUCCGGCGAAUACUCUGGCCAUACAAGCGUCGAUGCAAGUAGCCAGACCAGCGAGCUAGAUUUCACUUGCUCUUUGGUCCCAGACAGCAGCUUCCAAUUCCUGGCACUGGCUGGUCGGCCCGAACGUGUGCACGAGCUAGACAUUCGGUCACAUGAAGCUCAAAGUGCGCUGUGUCAAUACAUGGCUAGCCGCAGAGAGCGCUCGGAUCUUGACAUUGACAUGCACUUCGGCGCCGUGCCGCUGCACGACGAUAUCCUUCACCCUAAUCAGGACGCCCUCUACUCGGAUGCGCUUGAGCCCUUGUGGGCUUCUUCGGGACGACAACCAGCCACCGCCCUGACAAUGCUGGUUUUUGAUCACGACCGGCAGCCCACGUACCUUAUUCUCGCUUGUUUCGACGAGGUACGACUCUUCGAUGCUGGCGAUUGGGGCUUUGGCCGCGCCUGUAUUGCUGUUUUGUAUGCUUGCGUUCUGCGCGACAGCGCUCGCAUGACUUCCAGGCAAGAGUUGCAAUUUGUCAGAAGAGUGCAGCACGAGCUGAGGACGCCUUUGCACGCGAUCUUGGGCAUCACGGACUUUUUGCGAGGCAUGGCAGCAAGCGCGGGAGACGAGGGCACAGUGCAAGACUUGGACCACGAGAUGCUCUCUGACCUGCUGCAAGCUAUUCGCUUGGCGGGGACCAAUUUAUCAUCCAUCCUCGACGAUGUCCUCGAUUUGGGAGAGGUGUCAGGCUUGAAGUCAAAUACGAGCACCAAAAAUCGCUCCGCGCAAAGCAAUGAGCCAAGCGGCAAACCAGCUCUAGAUACUCGUACAGAAGAGGUUUGUCUGCGCAGUGAAGUGGAGGAAGCUGUGGAGAACGAGCUUCAGAUGGUGGAGAUGAACAAUCGACAGGACACUCAAAUGGACGAGACCGUCCCCGCCAAGGGCCCGCCCAUCGUCAUCAUCGAUAUUGCAGAGUCAAUCGGCAGGCGAUGGCGCAUUGACCGCGCACGCACGCUAAAGGUCAUCCGAAAGAUUGUCAACAACGCAGUCCGCUUUAACAGGGCUGAGGGUGGACUGGUUGAGUUGACGAUCACACCUCGACGUGAUGCUCCCAAACGCAGGCAGCAAAAUGAAACGACCCGAAAAGUUGACGUACUAGUCGACAGCGCAAGACCGGCUAGCAGCGACGGGGAGGUCAUGGUCGACUUCGCCAUCGAAGAUACUGGCGUGGGUAUGACAAAUGCGUUCUGCGCUCACGAUCUGGUGCGACCUUUCUCUAAACGCGAUGGGUUCUCGCAAGGCAUCGGCCUGGGUUUCACGAUUGCUUCCGCCUUGACUUCUCAAAUUGGCGGUUACAUCGACGUCAAGAGCAAACUCGGGGUCGGCACAAUCGUGACCGCCACCUUGCCGCUACUUCCUGUCCCAACAACGGAAGUUGCCUCUUCAGCCGCCUCGCCUUAUUGUGUUUCCAAAGUCUGGUUCGGCGGCUUCUCUGGCCAUGCCUUAGAGCGCGCACAGAGCUUCAUUAUGCGUCGACUGCAGACCGGCGGAAUACAGCUCGUUUCGCACAUGGAAGAAGCUGGAUUGUGGAUUUUGUCAGAAGGUGCCUCUCAAGCGUUCUGUGCGCUCCACGCCGGCACAGCUAGACAACAGAAGCCGCGCGUCGCGGUACUUGUUUCCAGUCCUACGGCGCCGAUCAAAUUAACUGAGCACCUCGAAACUCUUCAGGUCCCGGUGGCCGUCAUGCGAGCUCCUCUCUGUGGGACGCUGCUCGCCCGUCUGGAAAUGUUUUUGAGAGACAAGUCUCCCACCAUCAUUCGUGCACCUCAACCGCAUCUGCCUCUGCAAGAGCACCCAGAGCUUGCCCAGGGGACGAAUGCUGUCGCGCACUCCGUCGAGGGCGCGGCGGUCACUUCAAGCCCCCUUUCGAGUGCGACCGAGGUGGCUGUACAAUCCUCAGCGCCCGAAAGCGUUGCGGAAAGCGGCGCUUCGUCUACAUCUACUAGCCAAGAGGGUGCUGAACAGGCGGUAUCCUCGAAAGCGAUCUCGUCCUCUCCAGGCUCUGUGACUUUCUUGGAACCUGCUCCUGUAGAUGCCUUCGCUCGCCCCUCCUCGAACCCUUCGGUCAAUUCGAGCACAUCCCCAGCAUACCGCGUGCUGCUCGUUGAGGAUAAUAGCGUCAACAUGAAACUCUUGACGACUAUCGUCAAACGACUCGGAUUACCCUACGAGGAAGCCCAUGAUGGCGUCGAAGCUGCGGAGCGCUUCGUCGCAUUUGAGCCUCAGCUGGUGCUCCUUGACAUGUCAAUGCCGCGCAUGGACGGCUUUGAGGCGGCGCUCCAUAUGAGAGCCCACGAUCUGCAACCCCGCCCUCGCAUCGUCGCCAUCACUGCCCUGUCAUCUCCGGCAGAUCGCGCGCGGGGCUUGGAAUGCGGCUGCGACGAAUGGCGCACCAAGCCACUCUCCAUUCGAGCCCUCAAAAUCGACCUAGAACGGUGGUGCGCCGAUCAUCAAAGCCUGAUAGCCUCUGAGAAAGCCGUAGACAAGCACCAGCCUGGCCAGCAAAGCGUCGCCGCAUGA